AUGGCCAGCAAUAACCGUAUCACGAAGGUCGCCAUAGUAGGCGUACGCUGGCGGCAACGUGGGCAAGUUCAUGACAGAAGCCCUUCUCAAACUGGCAAACAUACAGUCACCGCCAUCACCAGAAUCGACAGCCAGACCCCAUUACCCGAAGGUGUAAGUGUGAAGAAGGUUGACUACAACAAGCCCGGGACAGUUGUCGAAGCACUUCGCGGUCAAGAUGCUCUAGUCGUAACCCUCAGCGGCCAUGCUCUGAGUCUGCAAGAUAACCUAACGAAAGCAGCUGGUGAGGCAGGUGUGCCAUGGAUCCUGCCAAAUGCAUGGGGGCCGAAUGUUACGGACGAGGCACUUGUCCGCGACGUGCCCAUGUUCAAACCGUUCGUCUCGACCGGAUUUUGGUAUGAGUGGAGUCUAGCUAUACCUCCAGCCUUUGGGUUAGACCUGAAGAACAGAAGCGUUACUCUCUUCGACGAGGGCAGGACCAAGAUUUCCAUCUCAUCAUGGCCACAGGUCGGUCGAGCCGUUGCUGCAUUGUUGAGUCUGCCCAUCAGGUCUGAGGGUUCCGACAAAUCCGCUUGUCUGGAAAACUUCAAGAAUCAGCUUGUCUACGUCAACUCUUUCACUAUCAACCAGAAAGACAUGCUCGAGUCUGUACUCCGUGUAACUGCUACAAAGGAGAGUGAUUGGAGUAUUGCCAAAGAGCCUGCUCAGGAGAGGUAUGCGGCUGGCCAGAAAGAGAUGCAGGCAGGCAAUCGUGCAGGUUUUGGCAAAGUGAUGUACACCAGGGUGCUCUUCACAGAUGGCGUUGGUGAUACAGAACACAGCAGAGGGACAAUCAACAAGGUACUUGGUUUGGAGAAGGAUGAUGCGCAUUUCGACGAGUAUACAAAAGUUGCGCUUGAAAGGUCGAAGUCACCUCAGUGGCACAAGCAAUAA